AUGUACCCGACGCCCCCUGCUUCCCCAACCCAAAAUGGAUUCUGCGCGCCGGAAGACCGUCUAGGUCAACUUCUUGCUGGACGACUUCAAUUGACCGGCAUUCUUGGUGUAGGAGCUUACGGCGUGGUGUACACAGCCGUGGACAUCCAGACCAACGUCCCAUAUGCCGUAAAGGCACUCAACAAGGUUGGUCUCGAGCCUCGCCAGAGGAAGUUCCAACAAAGAGAAAUCCAGCUCCACCACCAGGCCAGCGCUCAUCCCAACGUUGUGUCUCUAGUCAAGAUCAUGGACGCCCCUGACUGCACAUACGUUGUCAUUGAAUACUGCCCAGAAGGUGACCUGUUCUCCAACAUCACCGAGCAGGGCAAGUACGUUGGUAACGAUGCCAUGGCCAAGCGCGCUUUCCUCCAGGUUUUGGAUGCCGUGGAAUACUGCCACUCUAUUGGAAUCUACCACCGGGACUUGAAGCCAGAAAACGUUCUCGUCACUGACCAAGGAAUGACCUGCAAACUGGCCGACUUUGGACUUGCCACAACCGACGCUGUCACCUCCGACUUUGGAUGCGGCUCGACUUUCUACAUGUCUCCAGAAUGUCAGACAUCAGCGCCCAAGGCCUACUCAUGCUACGCCUCAGCGCCCAACGAUGUCUGGAGUCUGGGAGUCAUGCUUGUCAACCUCACUUGCGGACGCAACCCAUGGAAGCGAGCAUCCUUCGAGGACAGCACUUUCCGUGCGUUCAUGAAGGACCCCAAGUUUCUGAGGACCAUUCUUCCCGUUUCCACAGAGCUCGACGCCAUCCUCAGGCGAAUGUUCGAGUUCAACCCCGCCAACAGGGCGACCAUUCCUGAGAUUCGCGAGAUGAUCCUCCGAUGCUCAGCCUUCACCCAAACCAAGUCAGCUGUCUCAACGCCUCUGUCUUCUCCUCCCUUCAGCCCCGUAGACUACAGCCGGGAUGCUGCCUACAACGCCUACUACCAGGCUCCCGCAGUCCCCCAGUUUGCUGCUCUUCCUGGCUCAGCCUACGCACCAUCACCCUUCCAGCACUCCACUUCAUCUGGAAGCUCAAACUCGGACAACGACUCGGUCUUCUCCGCUUGUUCAUCGGCCUCAUCCGCAUCCUCAACAUCUUCGUACCAACACGUUUCCUCUUCUCAGGUCCCCAAGUUUUCUUCCCGAGUACCGCAGCCUCAACAACAAUACGUUUCCCAGCCACCUGCCAAUACGUGGUUCCAGCCAUUCAUCCAGGCGGCCAACCUGGUCAAGCAUGUGUCCUUCCAGCCAUCGAUGAUGGCUCCGGUUCAUGUCUACUAA